UGCUUAUACGCUCCUCUUACUUAAAAACCCUAGAAACUUCCCUUCCGUCCUCCGGUUUUUCGCUAGAUCUCUAUACCGCUCACUAUCUUAGUAGACCUAAUGAAUCGGAGGCUGAGGAGCCCGGCAAGGAUGGCGGUGGCGGCGAUGUCGGAGGAGAGGCUGCAGAGAUUCCUGAGACCGGGAGCGCUUGCGCGGUUGCGGGAUUCGAAGAUCAGCGCGAGAUCGCCGAGAUCUGCGCUGAAAACAGCACCGCUUGCCGUUUGCCGGUUUUCUCCGCCGGCCUCUCCCGUAGCGACUGCGCCUCUGCCGCCUGAAGAUGGCGGGGAUGGCGAGUUAAUCCGUUUUUUUGCGUCGAGGCCGUGCGGGCCACGUCAGCUGAAACGGAAGAAGCUUGCCGCGGCCAAGUACGUUUUCUUUUCGCCCCCAAGCCCGGAUCCCUCUGAUUCUGUCUUGGAUGUGUUUAGCGUCGAUCUUGUCAUAGCUCACUGAGCAGAAUUUAUACUAUAAAGUGAAACAAAAAUUCUAUGUAAAUUGUUGUACUAUCCUCAAAAUUUCUUGUUUCCCUUCACAUUUUCCUCACAUUGAGGCUUUGUUAUCAAUUGUGUAGGCGAUUGAUUUCAGACACCUUUGUUUCGGAUUGCUGGGGUUUUUUUAAUAAGUGAAAGGAUUGAGGAUUAAUAAUUUUGUUUCCA